CACUGUUUCAUGCCGGAUAAUCAGUAAUAUACCUACUGUUUCUGUCUCGCACACAGCUUUUAAGGCCAUGCAGCAUCGAGCUGUUGCGCAAGAACUAAAAAUAUAAUCGACUGACGUGUAUUUGACAAGAAGCUACUCAAAGAAUAAGAAAAAAGUUUAGUUAAAUAGUAUAAUACUGCCAGUAUUUAUUUUAUUAUUCGCAAGUAUUUGGUAAAGACGUUAGUGAAAGAAGAAAUAUAACAGCUUAUUAUAGUUUUCGUGAAAUGGACGUAUGAAAUUAUUUACUUUUAAAAUUAUCGUCAAUAAAAAAAUUCUAAAUCAAAGUUUUGGAAACAUACAUAUGUACAUAUCUUUGUAGGCAGUUGAUGAAACUGCAAAACAAAGAAUAUUUAGAAAGUGGAAGCAUACACGUAGCACUUAUACAUUAUAUUUGGAGUUUAAAUACAUUUAACAACAACGACUGGUGGAAGCUUCAUUAGAGUUAGGCCAAAACAAUGGUUGUGCCGCUGAAUGAUAUGCUACCUUUCGCCAGCGGAGAAAGAAAGCUGGCAGCUUGUGUUUUAUUGUUGUUAUUAGAACUAUUUCUAGAAGGUGCAGACGCUGUGCCCAAUCAGGCUGACAUUGAAAAUCAUCUGGAGCUAGGUAAAGAAUUUUUAGCGAGAGGGCAGCUAGCAGAUGCACUAACACAUUAUCAUGCAGCUGUUGAGGGCGAUCCAAAUAACUAUUUGACGCUUUUCAAAAGGGGCACCGUUUACCUAGCGUUAGGCAAGUCCCGUUUCGCCAUACAAGACUUCACUCAUGUAUUGGAAUUAAAGCCUGAUUUCGCCGCUGCGCGUAUACAGCGUGGUAUUGUGCAUUUAAAGAGUGGAGAAUACGAACAAGCGAGUGACGACUUCGAACAUGUGCUGCAAGAAGAUCCUUAUAAUGAGAGUGUCAAUGAGCACUUUAGACGGAUUGACGCUGCUAUUGAACAGUGGGAAAUUGUAAAGGAUCUUAGGUAUAGAGGCGAUUCGCGCAAUAUCAUUCCAAUGAUUACACAAUUACUUGAAAUAUCUCCAUGGUCCAUUGAGUUCCGUCAAGCACGCGCUGACGCUUACAUUGCCAUAGAUGAACUACCAUCUGCCAUAUCCGAUCUCCGUUCAGUGAACAAACUCUCACAGGACAGCACAGAAGGCUAUUAUAACAUUGCAUUGUUAUUGUACAAAAUGGGUCAAGCUACAAAUGCGUUGAAAGAGAUACGUGAAUGUUUACAUCUUGAUCCAGAACAUAAAGACUGCUUCCCCUUCUAUAAGAAGCUUAGAAAAGUAGAAAAAAGUUUGGCAAAUGCCGAAAAUUCACGCGAGGAGAAACAAUAUGCAAAUUGCAUUAGUUCUUCUGAGUCUGUGCUAAAGCAAGAGAAAAACGAAAAAAUGAUAAUUUUCGAGGCUAAGCGACUACUCUGCACAUGUUAUACAAGAGACGAACAGUUUGCCAAAGCUUUAAGUCAUUGUAAAGAUGCGCUCGACUUGUUGAAAGACCCGCAAUUAUAUUGUGAACGCGCUGACGCCUAUAUUGGUUCAGAAAUGUACGACGAUGCGAUCCACGAUUACCAAAGAGCAUUGGAAAUGGAUGAAAAUCUGCAACGUGCUAAGGAGGGUAUUGAAAAAGCAAAAAGACUGCAAAAACAAGCUGAACGACGGGAUUAUUACAAAAUUCUCGGCGUGAAACGCACCGCUAACAAGCAAGAAAUUGUUAAAGCGUACCGCAAAGCGGCACAAAAAUGGCAUCCCGAUAACUUCAAAGAUGAGGAGAAAAAGAUCGCAGAAAAGAAGUUUAUUGAUAUCGCGGCGGCCAAAGAAGUACUGACUGAUCCCGAGAAACGAAAACAAUUCGAUAUGGGUCAAGAUCCUCUUGAUCCAGAAGCAAAUCAACAGCAAGGGGGCUUCCGCGGCGGCAGUCCAUUUGCGCACUUCCAUCACGGGUCACCGUUCCAAUUCAAAUUCCAUUUCAACUAGACGUACCGUAACCCUCAGGCAAAAGUUACAAGUAAAAAAACAUUAGCAUAUACUUAGCCUUAGUCGGUUUGUUGUUAGGUCUCUUCUAUUUUAUUUAAUUAGUAAUAAUAUUAAGUCUGCGUGAAGAACAUGCGUUGAUGUUGCCAUGUGAUCAUAUGAGUAGAGCGUGUGCAUUGUUUGCGUACACUCUCGAUUGUGGGUAAAUAUUUUAUAUCUUCUUAAUUUAAUACAUAGCAGUUUGCAAAAUUGUAAAUCGAUAUGGUUUUGUACAAUAUUUGUAAAGUAAGCUGUAAACUUUUAACGCUGUAACACACUAAACGCUCAAAGAAUUUUUAGCGUACACAAAAGCUUUUCCAUAACAGUGUCACGCCGCUUAAACUAAAUCUAAUGAUAUCUAAAUUUGUACUUCUCUAAUGAGAUUUCGUAUAAUUUCAAUUGAGUUUAUUUGUAAAUAGUAGGCUAAAUAAUGAACUUUCUCUCCUAUUUUUUAUGUUAAAAAGAAUAUAUGUAUUUAUACAAUUAACAGUUAAAUUGGAUAUUUAUAUGAAAUCAAAAGCAUUUUGAGGUUAUGAAAAUAAAAUGAGAAUGUUUAUUACACAAUAAAACAAAUUUAUAACUUUGAAAAAUUACAUAUCUAUAUGUACGUUAUUUUAUUAUUUUAUCUUGUUUGGUGCAAAUCUGAAAAGUUAAAGGAUAUAUUUAUAUAUACAAGAGAGAACUGGGAAUCAGGAACUAUGUUGUUUUCUUGUAAUUUAAAGAAAUAAUGUUUAACUGUAUUAACAUAUUUGUCAUGCUCACUGCAGUUUAUAAAUAUUAUUUGCAACGAACAGUACAGCUCUUACAACAACUUACAAUUUCUAAACGAUAAAUCAACGUGUUGUCGUUUUAGUGAGAAACCUCUAUAAGCAAGAAAAAAAUCAUGGCCCCUUGAACUCUCGCGUAACCAUGUUUGACUGUAUUUAUUAUUAAAUACCUGUAAAGGGUAUUUUCUCGGAUUUUGUUAGUUUUAAAGCAUUAAGAAGUAUUAAUAUUUUUGCUUGCAUCUUCGGGAGUAAAAUUCUAAUUUUGAGAUUCGUACAAAUCGUUUGGAAAGUGUCUAUGAUUCUUUGAUGAUUUCGAAAAAUCUAUGGAGAAAUCUUCAUCAAAUGCUUUCUUUCGGAACGUUUAAAUUAAUCCAUACACAUGUAUAAGUAUAUGUACAUACCAAAUGCAUUUCAGUGUAAAAGUUUUGGAGGUCAUGAAUAAAUAAUAUAAAUAAAAAUCGGAAAUUAAAA